UUCUAAACAACUAAUCUUAUUUAUAUUUGUGGAGACAUGUCUAAUUUUUUCUUUCUAAUUGUGUAGAAUGAAGUUGAUGUUAUCGAGUGGAGAGUGAAAAAACUUAAUUGAAAGGAAGAAGUUUUCAAUUAAUCAUAUUAUUUAUGGAUAAUUUGUGAUUUGCUUUAAUUUUUUUGAGUUUUCUAGAUUGGUGUUGAACAAUUUGUAUAGUUAAUUUGUGAUUUGCUUGAAUUUUGUGGAAUGGUGUUUUAUAUAUGGAUAUUUUGUAUCGAGAGAUUGAUAUUUGACUUUAAUAUUGAUAAAAACUUGUUAUUGUCAAUUUUUUACGGCAAAAACCCGUGGGUACCCAUGAACCCGCGAAUACCCAACGAGUUGGGUUGGGUUUGAGUUUUUCAAACCCAAUAGAUUUUACCCUGAGUUUUUUUCACAGAUAAACCCAUGAAUUUGGGUUUGGCAAAACCCCACCCAACCCAUUGCCAUCCCUACCUGUGUUCAUUCUUUUGACUAAACCCAGAAAACAAUCAUGCUCUCACUCUGUUCUUCGACGAAAUCAUCGCCUGCUUCCUCCUCUCCUUAAGCUAGUGUCUUUGAGGGCUCCUCUCCAUCCAUAAUAUCCAUUAGCAUUCAGCACCACAAGCAGUCCUCCAAUUCAAAGCAAAACCCAAAUCACUUACCUCAUUCAUAACAAAGUUCCCAAACCCAGAAAUCGCUCACCAAUCAUCUUAUAGAUCCCAAACCCCUCUCUCAUCGUUUAACCCAAAUUCCCAAACCUAUAUUCUCCUUCCCCAAAUCGUAGAAUCCAAAAUGUUGAAUCAAGAAACCCGAAAUCAAACCAUUCUUCCCAUAAACCCAAAAUUCUGAUUUGGGGAAGAUUACCAAAUUUGGGGAAGAGAACCAGAUUUGGAGAAGAAUCGCCAGAGGAAUGGAGCCGGGAAAGAUGAGAAACAGAGGAGGCUAGGCGGUGGCGGUCUGUGUUUCUGGGUUUCGAACCCCGAAUUGAUGAUCAAAAGGAGAGGGUGCGACGGAGAAGGAAUGAUAGACGAGGAGCAGAGGGCGACAGAGAAGGAUAGAUCGACCAGAAACAAGGUCGGCCGCCAUAACCCAUCGCCGGAACAGAAAGAUAGGCUUUCCUCCUUCGUUUUCUUCAUCGCCGGAACCCAGAACCCAGAAUAAGCUUCGUCUUCCUGUUCGUCGCUGGCUUUUAUGGGGAAGAUGAUUGGGGGUUUUCAAAUCUAUAAUCGACAUCGGAUUCACACCGUAAACCCAGAUCUCCGGCGACGCAGCGGAGUAGGAGAGGAGGGCGAUGCGACCAGGUGACCGGACCGGAAGGAAGAAUUCUACGACGAAAACGGGCUGGGAUGGAGGUGGAAGAAGAAAGAAGAAGGAAGGAACAAGGAAGAAGAAGGAAUGUCAUAGGCGAGGGGCAAGGUUAGUCAUGGAAGGCGUCAGCCUAAACAAAAUGUCGACCCAAGGCCCAAAGGACUGUGGUUGAUAACACCAACCGUUUCGCCUUCUGGACUGCUAGUACCUUCCUUCCUUCCUUGUCGCCAAUCCAAUCCUCCCCUCCGGGCUCCGUGUGCAGCAGUGCAGGCAUCUCCCAUUCCCAAAUCCACGCAUCCUUCUGCAUCUUCCCCCGCCUCCCAUCUUGUUUCAAUCAACUGCCGUGACCAUGACCGAGAAUGGCUGUUCAGAUUGGGAUGUGCCGCUAAGCUCGCUCUUUCCCCCUUCCGCCUCCAGAAAAAGGGGAAACCCUCCUCCUCCUCCCCCGCAUCUGUUCAGCAAACUGGUAGACGAUCUCGUCAUCGAAAUUCUGAUUCGCCUCCCCAACCCUAGAUCCUCCUGCCGCUGCAAAGCCGUCUGCAAGAGGUGGAGAUCCCUCGUCGCCGACCCCAGCUUCAAUCACCGUUUUAUUUCUCAUCACCAGACCAGGUACCAACCAGCAUCUCUGUUCAUUCCCGCACACGACCCCAACUCCGUCCUCAGCUUUCUCCCCGUGCCUGAUGAAGCUCGACCGGGAUUGAGAGUCUUCGAUUGCUUCAAGGACUUGCUUUUGUGCGGUUUUGUUAAAUUUACUUGCGAAUUGGGCAGAUCCUACUUUGUCUGCAAUCCGUUUACCAAGCAAUGGGUCGCUCUUCCUUUGGCCCCUGAAAAACCAGUGCCUUCUGCUGGAUCGGGGGUAGGGUUAGUUUGUCAACCCCGUACUGGUAGUAGUAGUAGUAGUAGUAAUUAUAACCUUGUGCAGCAGCUAGGAGAUGAACCAGAACCAGAACCACCCUUUCUUUAUUCUGAGUAUCGUUUCCGCGUGGUGUGUCUUUUCCAGAAUGAGGGUAAUCAAAUACUACAGCUGUUUUGUUCCGAGUCUGGGAAAUGGACACAGGUGUUGAUUGAGAACUACGUGAAAUCGCCUAUGUCCAAUGCACUCACGUGGAACGGGAAGUUGGUUUGGGAACAGAUUGACCUCUCUAACUACAUGAAGCUUAGUCUUGCUGCAUAUGAUCCUUUCCGCCCUUAUAUACCCCCCGAAUCGGUGCAUGUACCUUAUGCAUUGUGGACUGGUUUACCCUUGGCAAAGAAAAAUUUUUCUGUCUCACAGGGUGCCUUUCACAUAAUUGUAUUCCAAGUUGAAUGUUCAAGGAAAUCCCUGAGUGUUUGGAGACUCGAAGAAGACGGUGUGCAUUGGACCCAACAAUAUGAAAUGGUGUUGAAGACGACGACAUCAUCAUCAUUAUGGGGUGAUUAUAAACUUGAGCAUUGCUAUGUGCUUGAUCUGCAUCCGGAGAAGCCGGAAAUUGUCUUCUUUCGAUACAACGAAUCUUCUGCAGCAUGCAUCUUCUCCUGCAAUGUGAGGACGGGGAUGGGAGAGCCGGAGUUCAUUGCUGCAGGAUAUCUUCAUAUAUUUGACCCCUGUUGGAGAGCGCUGCAGCCAAGAGUCUCUUGCUGGCCUACUCCAAUUCCGAGGUACGAGCAGUUGCGAGGUAUGUACGAUGGAAGCUACGAUUGUUGGGUUCAGAACUGCAGUACGACAACACUUCCCUCAAUGAUUGCACACAAUCAUAGGAGGAAGGGCAAGAGAUCAGCAGCAGAAGUACACUACAAGCCCUGCGGCCCAAGGAUGCAGAAGUUGGAUGUUAUUUAGAAUGUGGAAUCUAUGUCCCUCUGCUAAGGAAAGGAAAUGGCUACUUCUGUGUACUGUUGUGUAUUAUCUAUUUAAGUUGGCAGCCAUUGGUUUUGGCCCGGCACUGUAAGUGCAGUUUCAUUCUACUAUGCUACUUCUCUUUUAAGAUGCUUUUGGCGGAUGUGAUUUUCCGGCGACCUUUCAGACUCCAUCCCAACUCUUGAUUCCUUUCGAUCCCACCCGUAACCAUUUUUAUUCUUCCCAACUCCAAACUUACCUUUUUGUCGGCAAGCAGAGUUAAUUGUUCAUUCGACCAUAUAUCUUCCUACUGACACCGUUUAUAUGGGUAUUUUUGUGCGAGGGAAGAAAUCGGCGGCGCCAACUCCAUCGCCUCAAAAAUUUCCCUAUGGAUACUGGAUUCUCGUGUGAAAACAUACCUCCCGGCGGGAUCAAUCGGUAAAGAGGCUUCACGCCGGCGAGGAACGCCGAACGACGAACGACGGCAACGGAGGCGCCGCAAAGAAAGACGACAAUCCAUGGAUGGAAUGGAAGAGUAGAACGUGAAUGACACAGUUGACUAUGAACGAGCAAGUGUCGAUUACCCAGAAAUUCAUUGUCAGUGAUCGGAAUCGACUCUGGAAUUAACUGCUCUCUUCACAAGCAGAGAUAGGGAUUUAGUUCCAUAAACCGUUUUAAUAUAAAAUAAUUAAUAACGUGUUAAUCUUUGAUUGGGGCAGUGCACCACGUAGGCUAUGAUUUGGCGCUGACUAAGCACUCAGUCAGCAUAAAAUUCCCCCAAGUGACUAUUUUACCCCAAAUUAAUUGAACACACGACUAUUAAAAAACAAAUAUUUAGUCACCUUCCAUGAACAAUCCCACUUAAGGGUCGUUUAGACAAGGGAAUGGGGUAGGAUUGUGAUGCACAAUCCCUCACCAUCCAGGAAUUUAAAAGAAUAACUCGUUUGGAAAGGCUAAUGCCCUGUUCACUUCCCAUUUCAUUUUCUGUUUUUUGGUUAAAAAAUGAAAAUCAGGAAACAAAUGGACAUAAAACGUGUUCACUUGAUCAUUCCAUUUUCCUUGGAAAAACCCAAUUAUUACAAUUGGGAAAACGAUUAAUACUCGUUUUCUGAAUAGAAUGGGACGGGUUAUCCCCCCGUUUUCCAGCGGAAAACAUACUAAUCCCUCAAAUCGACCUGGGUUCGAUUCACCACAGACGCAUUUUUUUUUACCCUUUUUUGCCCUCCUAAGCGCUGCCGUUUCCCUCCAGCAACCCUAGAAGAGAAAUGUCGUCUUCCUCUCCUCCCUCCACGUUCGACUCGCCGCCAUCGUCUUCCUCUCCUCCCACUUCGUUCGCCACACCUCGUCUCCUCCCUCGAGGCAGAAUCCUCCUCCCUCCGCGCCCAGCUCGCCGACCGCGACAACCUCAUCGCCGACAUCGAGUCUCAAAUUGAAUCCCUCGACGCCUCCCUCUCCGCCGCCUCCGACAAACUCUCCCUCGCCGACCAAGAGAAGGUCAUAUAUUUCCUCCCCCAGCUUGAAUUGUUGCUCAUGGUGACUCGCCGGCUGAAUUUUUUUUUUUUUAAAUUUGGGGGUUGAACCGGAUAAAUUGUUGAGGGAGAAUGCUUUGCUGUCCAGUAAUGUCAGGAAGCUCCAGCGCGAUGUCGCCAAGGUUCGAAUUUCUUCUUGAAUUGACCGGAAUUUCACAACUCUCUUUUGUUAGGGUUUCGUAAGUGAGGAAUUCUGAUUGCUUGUUUUGGGAUUAGUUAAGUUUCUCAUAUUCUGCUGUUCGAAAAAUGGUAUUGCUUGCAGUUGGAGGUUUUCAGGAAGACGCUAAUGCAGUCUCUUCAAGAGGAUGAAGACAGCUCUGUGAAAAGCACUGUGAGUAGUUUGGUUUCAUUUCAUGAAUCGAAAUCAGUGCUUAAUCUCCAUCGAUCUGCACUCUCUAAGAAAUGUAGUCUUGUAAGCUCCAGCAAUUAAUGGUAUUAGGAUCUUCAGGGUUCUACUUGGUUCAUGAUAUAAUCAUGGUAGAGCUUAACUUGAAAUGAAUACCUUGUUUUCCUGAAUCGUAGUGGCAGUGGUGUACAGUUCAGCAGGUUAUAUAGAGCUCUGAUUCUUUGCAAGGCCCAUUGAUUUUUGUCUUUCUGUUCUUGUAGGGAUGAGUCAGAAGUAAUCAAGGAAAUUGUUGAAAGACUUUGGUUCAAGUUGAAUCAUGCGAUCCCAAUCGUGAGCAAUGCCUUGGUCGGUAUGGAUGCCCGGGAGUCGUGUGAUCAUAACAAGUCGAGAUGGACACUUGUUGACAGCACAUGGAGUUGAUGAAACAUAUGAAGCAAAGACAUUGAAUGGCGAUGAAGCUCUUAUGCUAUUUAGUUGGCAUGCCUUCAAACAAGACUGCCCAUUUACAGGUUAUUCUGAGGCUGAACAAGAUUCCAAACAGUGCAAUUGAGAGGCUGAACAAGAGGAGAAUGCCAAUGGAGUGCAAGGAGGACAAGAACGAGAAGCAUAUAAUCAUAGUUCAAGCCAAACUCUAGCGAUGGAUGCACGACGAGAUGGAAUAGCAAACAAGUUGUGGGAUGACUUUCAAGCUGGACUUAUUUGAAUUUUUAUGUUGUACUAGUACUUAAUUAAUAUAAGAUGUUGUA